AUGGCAAUUCAUCAACCGCUUAGAGAUGCUUUAAUUACUUGGGAAACUGUUCAAUCAAGAAUUGCCCGCCGUAUUGUGAUCCAGGAUUUUCCACUGUUACUCGGCAUUGUUGAUGCUACAUGUCAAAAAAUUGAAAUUCCGUCAGAUCAACAACAAUACUUUGACGGUAAGCACAAGUGCCAUACGUUGAAAGUUAGCUGCUUUGUUUCACCACAGGAAUUCUUGAUGCACAGAUCUGUUUCAGAACCCGGAUCAAUCCAUGACCUUACACUCUGUCGUCAAUCCGGAUUGAUCGAACGAAUCACUGCCGAAGCGAAUGCAUAUGAACGUGUACUUGGCGGAAAACCUGUUGUACUCGGAGACCUUGGAUACUUGGGUUUAGCAAAUGAUUAUCCUCAAUCAAUCAUCCCACACAAAAGACCAAAGAAUGGGGAUCUAACCGAACAACAAAAGAGCGAUAAUCAUGUUCACUCAAAGCAUUGUAUCAUCGUCGAAAAUUAUUUCGGCAGGAUGAAGACAUUAUGGAGUAUCAUGCAUCAAGUUUACAGGCUUGAUCUUUCCACCUAUGAUAGAGUCUUCGAUUUAUGGGCUGCUUUGACAAAUUUCAUAUCAGGUUUGGGCAUCCAUUAA